AUGUGGAGAGAUUAUGCAAGAGGGCAUGUAGCCAUAGCAGUGGACAAUAAAGAACCAAAUAAACUUACUCUCCGUUGGGCCCUCGUGAAAAGAAAUUUUAUAGAUAUUAACCCUGUCAUACUAAUCCAUGUUGUUCGAACCCCACCAACAGAUAUCCACCAGGCGCAAUCCGAUGAUGAGGUUAUGGAAAUGCUAAUUCCACAUCGUAGCUAUUGUACUGAAAGAAAUGUGCAAUAUGAGGUAGUGAUAGUUCGCGACGAGAAUGUGGCAGCUGGAAUCCUUGAAUAUGUGUCCUCUCAAGUGGACAUUAGAAAAAAGAAGAAUCGAGAGGAUGAUGUUGAGAUUGAGACUACUGUAUUGAAAUGGUUGCCACCUCACUUUCGUGUUCAUGUUAUAUACAAAGGGAAUAUGACCUCUUAUUGGGAUAACUUAGCGGCUCAAAGAUAUAAGUAUCGACGUCUAUCUUCACUCAACCGUAAUCCACGGGUCCGCAUUAAUAACUACCCAGAAGUUGAGUUGGAUUAUGAAGAAAACAACAACCCGCCAUUAAGCUUUGGAAAUGAGAGCCCAGACAACAAUGAUUCCAUCUCAUUUUAUGAAAAUUUGCAUUCUAGACAAACAGUUGGUGGAUCUUCAUCAUCAAAUAAUUUAAACUCGGAUGAUGAUGAGCCCUUGUUCUUGCUAGACAAGAUGGAAGAUGAAGUCAUAAGACAAGAAGUAGUAGGGCCUAAGAAAGCAAUAAUGGAGUUUUACCAUGAAGCACAAAUAUCAAAACAAAAGUUGAUGAAUAAUGAACUGAAAGGUUGCAACAUGAAACAAGAACAAAUAAUGAAAGAAGCUGAAUCAGAAAAAGUAUUAAAAUCUGAGGCUGCAAUUGAAGAAGUAGAAAGGUUAGCAGAGCAAGCGGUGGGAGAGAACAAAAUGUCAGAAGCACAAGCAAAAGCAGUGAUGGAAGCAGAUUCAAUGCAAAAACUUUUUGAUGCUUUGCACCAAAUGGCAAAUGUGUGGAUGUAUACAAGUUUUAACAAUAAUGAUGGGAUCAAAUCAUAUCCCAAUAAACAGAGACACUAA